UUUAAUAGCGUAUAUCAAUUCGACCUAGAGAUGAUCCCCACCGUAAUAUCACCAACGUUGUCACCAACAUCGAAAUUCCGUGCUUUCACGUCAGCACCUCUUCUAUCUUAACUUGUUUCCCACGGAGUUCCGUGGAAUCUCACCUUUACUUCUCUACCACGACAUCGAAGAUAUGACCGGAAUAAGUAACCGUAUGGCACAUGGCCCAAUAGGAGACACAUCCACACAGGUAGCCACUAUGACCGACCAAUAUAUUCCUUUUCACAUAUAUAUAGCUGUGACUUCGACUUAGUUGUGCAGUAAAAUCUGUGCUACAUCAAGGACAACUAAUAGGCCAGGAUCGACCUAAGGAGAAUCAGUUAACAUGUGUUCUAUCAAGGCCUUGCUCGCCACUGCCUUAUUGACAGUGGCACAUGUCGAGGCUCAAGCGCCGUUGAAUGUUGAACAGUCGACAGGUUUCAACUCUAGCUUUGCUCUAUCGACUUCGCAAAUAGAAUCUGCAAACCUGUCCUCAACAGCAGCCAAUAACAUCAAUAUUGCUAUUAACUUCGACCGCUCCCAACUCGCCAACGGCGGUCCUGCUGAAGACAGCUUUUACGAACUCCCACCACUUUCUGGGACCCCAGUCCCAGGUACGCUUCUUAAGGUCCAAGAAUUCACAAACACAUCGUAUUUUGUUAUCCCUCCGAACACAGCGCUUUCGCGUAUCCUGUAUACGACCUCAAAUCUCAACGGAACCGUGGUCCCAGCUUCAGCAUUUAUCCUUUGGCCCUUCACGCCCAAGAGGUUUCAAGCGGGAAACUAUAGUGCAUCCACUAAAGCACCUGCCGUUGUCUGGACGCACGGUACAGAGGGGUUCUUCGCCUCGGCUGGCCCUUCGACGCACAGAGCGCUUUGGUAUGGCCACGACGGGCCCUUUGCCUUGGCCCUUGCAGGUUAUGCUGUCGUAGCGCCCGACUACGCUGGCCUUGGUAUUCACAAGUCCUGGGAUGGCAGCGACAUCCCCCACCAGUAUCUGAUGUCUCAAACAUCUGGGCACGACGCCCUCUAUGCCUUACAAGCAUCCCUCGAAGCAUUUCCCGAAGUCCUGGACGAACGUUUUGUGGUUAUGGGCCAUAGCCAGGGCGGUGGUGUUGCGUGGGGUGUCGCUGAAGUGCUUGAGGCCAAAGGUGACGGCGAGUUCAAGAGGUUGGCGAAAGGGUAUCUCGGUACAAUUGCCGCGAGUCCUACUACAAACGCGUUUAUCGGCCAAAUUGAAUACCUAUUACCGUGGAUUGGCAUGAUACUACCCAGUAUUUUCCCAGACUUCAAUAUUAGCGCGUGGCUGACCCCGCUGGGCAUCGCGCGAACGAAGCUCUUGCAGGAAGUUGAGGGCGGGAUUGCCGUUUCGACGCAGCUUUUCCUGUCGGGCGAUAAGAUCAUCCAGGACGACUACGACAAGACCUGGUAUGUCGAUGCAUACGGCAAGCUAGCAAAUGCGGGUGGCAAACCCUUCAAAGGGCCCCUACUUGUUAUUCAUGGGACGGAGGACUACUAUAUCCCCGAAAAUGCUACGGCUACGACUGUUCAGGCCACGUGCGAAGCCGUCCCUGAGGGAGAUCUAGAGUACUUGGUUGUGAAUGGAACGUGGCAUGUGCCUACUCUAGACGCCACGAGACAGACGUGGCUCAAGUGGAUUGAAGAUCGGUUUGAGGGCCGAGCGCUAGAGAAGACGGGUUGCGUCAAGUCUAGUCUGGAGAGUUUCUUACCGUUGGAACGUUACCAAGCUACAGGAAAGUCGUUUCCUCAAUUUGCUGGUUUACCGGAGUUUAACUACCAAGUACCGUUAGGACUAUGAAAAGGCAAGGCGGGAAUAUGAAUAUCUAGGCUGCUAGGUCAUUUUGAAAAAUGCAUCAUAUUAUUCGAAUAACCUACAGGGCUACCUGAGGAGCAUGUUAAAGCCAAGAUAGAUCUUGAGUACAGAAGCGUACCACUUCUUCCUAAC